GCAAGGUGUGCCUCCUCUAUUUUUCGCCUGCGUUGUGCUUUGACUGCUAUUUGACGCUCGAAGAGGUUUUAUUUGUUUUCCGUUGUCAUCCGUAGACAAUAUGUCUUCGUCCAGGGGCGAAGGGGAGCCUGCAGCAACCUCCGAGAUGGGAUCUGGGAAAGAUUCUACAAAACGGUCGUCUACGACCUCGAGGACGUGGUCCGACCACGCUAGGUCGAAAUGGUUUGUCGACUGGUGCUGUGCUGAUGCUAGGAACCCAGUCCAACAGCCGUGUGGUCCUGUGAUCUUCGUCGAAGCCAACAAGCACCGCAGGGUUCUGGGGGCUGUCUUGCGGUGGGAGAAUGCGAAAGGCAGUCGUCGACAGUUUUACAUGAAAAAUGUGUACGGUUCGAAGGGGAACGUCGUCGUCGGUGCCAAGGGGGCAGUUCUCGACAUGUGUCUGUUCGAGGGGUUCGGAGCGGGUGCUGCGAACACCCCGUUCUACAACGACCUCUGGCGGCAGGGCGGGUUUGUUUUGGGUCGAGAGUUCUUCGACCUGUUGGAGGACAAGGGCAUCGCCCUCGACCUCCCUUGCGAAGUCGGUCCCGACCUGGAACUGUCAAUGCCUUUGCAGCCGUGCGGCGAUUUUGAGUCGAGCGGGGGAGGGGGGGGAUCUAGGUUCCGGGGAGGCUACACAUGUGCAGCGGGAGGAUGCCAGAGAUUGCUGAGCCACGAUGGGGCGAAGUGGACCGUCAAAAAGAAGAAGGUCAAAAGCGUAAAGCUUGGGGUCGCCUACAUCCACAACGACAAAUUGGGCAGAACGGAGGUGGUGUACAACGUCCCCGUGGACCUGCCAAAUAAAAAGGGCAAAAAGAAAAAAGAUGAGGGCGAUUGGUUCGUGCAAGUGCCAGACCCGGACGCGCAUUGUUGGAAAGCAAUGGAAUCACUCACGGACAAUGAGAAGUGUCGCGUUCUGAAAAAGGUGCUUACUUGCGAGGUCGUUUGGGUCCAGGCCGUCUCCCCGUCGUUGGCGAAGUUGGGAAAGCUCAGCGUGCAGGACAUGGUUCAGCUGGUGAAGUGCGACCGCGUGCUGGUCCGGUUGUGGAAUUACUACCAAUUCAAGCACGAGAAGAGGUCGGACGCAGACUGGAUCCAAAGGUACCCUUUCCUGAAAUCGAGAUCUGCCGUGUUCAAGAAGUUUGAAGGUCAGGGAUUGGAUGACGAGUUGUGGGAUAACAGUAGGAAACACGUUUCCGACUCGGCGCUGUUCAAGGACUGCCCGCCGUACAUGGGUUGCGACCAGGACAACUCGAUUGAGGUGACGGAGAAGUUGGCGGGCCACAAGAAGUUGUCCGUCGACUGGAAAAACAAGGUUCUCUCCGUGUUGAAUGGAAGCAGACUGAAGAGCCAGAAAGUGGUGAAAAGCGAGGUCAAUUCGAGUGGGCACAAUUGUGAGUUCAUGGUCGUGAGGCCAACACGGGAUAAGGUGUGGAGCAAGAAGACGGAUAUGUGGUUCAAGUUGAGUGAGAGGGAGAGGAACAAGAUAUACGAUUUCUUGUUCCUUCAAACGCGUCUGAGGAGGGACACUGACGCUGAGUACAUCCGCCGGAAGGACCACAUGUUGGCACUGCUCGACAACUACCACUUCGCCUCCUGCAUGAACGCGAAGACGUUUAUCGAAAGGCUGCAGUCGCUGUACUUUGUGGAGUCUGAGGAGCAGUUGAAGUUAGCCAGUUACGCUUCCCUGAUCUCCACUGCCGACGAGGAAGCCAUAGGUGUGGAGUUUGUCGCCAACGCGAAGGAGGAGGAGAGCGACACGGAGAGCAUCGACAUGCAGUACGACCCGCCUCCGGCAGACCACGGCCAAGGGUCCUCGUCGGCCGGUCCAUCACCAAGCGCUGCAGCCCUUGUGUCACCAUUGGCCAAACCGGCGCCGGGCACCACGCCGAUAAAGUUGCUGGAGAGACUUAGAGCUCUGGCCGCCCCCCCGCCCGCUUUGCGUCCCGGGUCCGUUGUCCCGCCCGAUCAUCCGUCUUCGAAGGAUGACAACAUCCACUUCCUGCUUGAACCGCAACGUCAUUCACCUGAGCAGGACUGGGGCCAUGACAUGGUUUGGCAUCCGGGAGUCAUCCAACCAGCGAUACGAAAUGGCGAGUGGGUCAUGGCCGUGGCAAUCCCGGGCGCGGGAUGGAUGUCAUUCCCACGCGAGUCGAAGUCCAACUUCUUGCACCUCGCAAGAUUUCGGUCCUCCAGAAAGUGAAGGUCGAAAAUGACACUUUAGCACCCGGCGAC